CCCCGGGUACCCCUCAGCCCCGGAGACGCCGCCGCGGCGGAGUCCGCAGCCUCCCUGCCUGAGGCGUCCGCGGCCCGGAUCCGGCCCCUCCCCUCUCCUCCCCUCCCAGGCGCGGGCCGGGCAGGCGGCCGCGGCAGGUAGUGAUUAUGAGGCAUUUUGCACUUUCUUGUGGGGUAUGGGCAAAGAGUUAAAUCUGAAGACCAGGCUUGGGCUAUGUGAGUCAGGAACAACAGGCAGCACUUCCCCCAGACGUGGGUGUAUCUGGUUGAGAUUUUAUCAUGUGGGCAACCUGCUGCAACUGGUUCUGCCUGGAUGGACAGCCUGACGAGGGCCCACCACCCCAGGGAGCCAGGACGCAGGCCUAUUCCAACCCUGGGUACAGCUCCUUCCCUUCCCCAACAGGCUCUGAACCAAGCUGCAAGGGCUGUGGGGCCCAUUUCGCAAACACGGCCAGGAAGCAGAUCUGCCUGGACUGUAAGAAGAAUUUCUGCAUGACCUGUUCGAGCCAAGAGGGGAAUGGGCCCCGCCUCUGCCUUCUCUGCCAACGGUUCCGAGGCACAGCCUUUCAGCGGGAGGAGCUCAUGAAGAUGAAGGUGAAGGACCUGAGGGACUAUCUCAGCCUCCAUGACAUCUCUACCGAAACGUGCCGGGAGAAAGAAGAGCUGGUGUUCUUGGUGCUUGGCCAGCAGCCUAUAAUCUCCCAGGAGGACAGGACUCGUGCCCCCACCUUGUCCCCGGACUUCCUUGAGCAGCAGGCCUUCCUGAGCCAGCUUCAUACCAGCAUGGUGCCUCCUACCUCACCCAGCGCCUCUUCGUCUGCACAAGACACCCCUGUCCCCCCAGCCCAGGCUCCGGAGCAUCAGCAGGCCAAUGGCCACGUGUCUCAGGACUACGAAGAGUCUGUCUACCUGGAGAGCACAGCCAGAGCACCUGCUGAGGACGAGACCCAGUCCAUUGAUUCAGAGGAUAGCUUCGUCCCAGGCCGGAGGGCCUCUCUGUCUGACCUGACCAACUUGGAGGACAUUGAAGGCCUGACGGUGCGGCAGCUAAAGGAAAUACUGGCUCGCAACUUUGUCAACUACAAGGGCUGCUGUGAGAAGUGGGAGCUGAUGGAGAGGGUGACGCGGCUGUAUAAGGACCAGAAAGGACUCCAGCACCUGGUGUGUGGUGCUGAAGACCAAAAUGGAGGAGCAGUGCCGUCAGGCCUGGAAGACAACCUGUGUAAGAUCUGCAUGGACUCACCCAUUGACUGUGUCCUGCUGGAGUGUGGCCACAUGGUGACCUGUACCAAGUGUGGCAAACGCAUGAACGAGUGUCCCAUCUGCCGGCAGUAUGUGAUCCGAGCUGUGCAUGUCUUCCGGUCCUGAGGGUUCGCAUCUGCUGCUUCAGUGCCUUAUAGGGGGACAAAGCCUGGGAUGUCUGGGCUCAGGGUUGGCCACCUUGCAGAGGGGGGCAAGUUAACAGAAGAAAUUGUGCAGUGUUCCCAAUACCAGGGCAAGCAAAGACACCAUGUUACCCCUGGGCAGGCCUAUCUUGCUAUGGGGGUGUACCUUAUGACUGGCCAAGCCCGAGGCCAGUGGGAACUGCUACAAAUCACGUGGGUGAGUCCUUGUUUCAGUCACCUUGAUGAUGGUAAUUGGUGAACAGAAGACUCCAGAACUUCAACCAUGUUUUCCUCUCUUCCUCCGAGAACCUAGACGGUUUCACCCCUUCUUCUCUAUUCCACCCAUCCCCUGGAGAUGCUUGCCUGUGUGUUUCAUCAGUUCAAAGUCUUGUUAGAAAUGGAUCUCUUUCUCUCCAGCACAGCACAUUUGGAUUUAAAUUUCUGGUCUUUCUGGCUUUCUAUGUUAACCCACCAUUACUAAAGUCUCUUGCUACACUGUCUAAAAUCUGUUUCUUUGGACCAAAAAUGUUAGUUUAUCAGACCAAGAGUGGUCCUUAGGAUAGAAUUUGACAAGUAAAUUUAACUCUGGUGGGAAAUGAAACACAAAUGCUAUCAGAAAACUAAAAGUUGGGGCGGCGCCUGUGGCUCAGUUGGUAGGGUGCCGGCCCCAUAUACCAAGAGUGGCGGGUUCAAACCCAGCCCCGGCUGAACUGCAACCAAAAAAUAGCUGGGCGUUGUGGCGGGCGCCUGUAGUCCCAGCUACUCGGGAGGCUGAGGCAAGAGAAUCGCUUAAGCCCAGGAGUUGGAGGUUGCUGUGAGCUGUGUGAUGCCAUGGCACUCUACCGAGGGUGAUAAGGUGAGGCUCUGUCUCUACAAAAAAAAAGAAGAAAACUUCAAAGUUGUUACGUGCUGGGAUUGGAAGCUCUUAGUCUUUGACCUGAUCCUGGCCAAACAAGCAUCUUGCUUCCAAACUGCUGAGAAAUCCCAAUCUGUAUGCAAGCAAUGUGUGGAUAGCUGCUUCCUAUCUUGGAGCCUGACUUUGCACCAUCUUUUUGUUUAUGUGGCAAGGGCAAGUGUUGAGUGAAGGCAGUGCAGUGGCCUUUGUACUUAGCUUUGGCUUGGCUUCCGACAUUUCUUUUUUGCAAUAGGCACGAGUCUUUCCCUGAAACUGAGGUGCAUCUCCUACCCAUCGAGGUUUUGACUUUGGCCUCAAUAGAGACUUAGGCAAAGAACCUGGCUCUUCUCCAGCCAGAUCAAUUUCCUGGAGAAAAACACCUAUAAGAAUACCUAAGAGGUAUCAGAAGAUAUUGAAUGAGUCUGGGUUCUGCCUUGAAUAAAUGUUGCAAGUUUUAAUUCCCCAGGUUGGUGGGGAGUUCCUACUUCCAUUUCCUUCUUAGCCUACUGAUUUUGGGGGGUAAGGGAAAAGACAUUCUCUAGGCCCUUUAGGAAAACCAUGUAAUGAUUUCAAGCUCUCUUAGGGUCUUUAAACCACUGGAGGAACUGAAGGGCUUAACAUUUUCUGGAGAAAUUUAGCCAAGCACAAAAACAGACAUGCUAUCAGAAAAGGAGGGUGAAUUACACAACUGUAAAUACCUGAGGGCCUUGCCCAGCACUCACCCUGCAGCGGAGCUCUGAGACUAGAACCAAUUGUGACUGUUGAUGCCGUGAGAAACCAUUAAAGGGACCUCUUCAUUAGCACAGACAUACUUACGCUUUUGCUCCAUCAUCAACCACUAAACACCUUCAGGGGAAUGAAAUAAUUUCAUAAAGUAGUUAUCAGCUGAACACAGGACCACUUACUGAUGUGAUACAAGGCCUCGAUAUUUUGAUUCUGGGCCAAAGUCUUUGUAGGAGUGGGGGGAUCAGAUUUUCCCUCUUUAAAGAUAGUACCUUUCACCUUUCUGGCAGACAGUAAAUGCUUUAGUUUACAGUGCCUACCAAUUUAGUAAAACAUCAUUCAUUCAACUACUCUUCAAUUCCACUGUGAAACAGGUCUGUGUAUAUGCUACUCAGUUAAGAUCUAGCAAUAACUUCAGGGCAGAAGCUGGCUCUCUCCCUACUUAAAACUUGCUUUCUCUGCUGAAGUCCUACCUGCCCCUCCCACUCCCAGUUUUCCUGCUAGACACAACUUGAAAAUAAAAUACUGAUGAUUGGUUAGUAACUUCAUUAAGAAUUAGAACUGAUGUCAUUUAUUCAUUUUAGAGAACUUGCCUUUUUAUCUUUUGUUCUAUGGCAAAGGUUUCCAUUUAGGAAAAAAUGUGUCAAACAACCCUGAUUUUUUUCUUCUGGUAUCAUUUUAUUACAACAAAUAGAAAAUAAAAGUUGGGAGUCUCAACAUCCCAUUCCAGUUAAUAUCUCUAACCCAAGUAUAAUGUGAUUUUUAAAAAAUCCUUGAUUCUUCCCUCCUGUCCCUCAGGAAUCCUUUGUUUUAAUUAUCAUGGAAACAUAUAAUUCUUCCAAUUAUUCUGUGGCUUUUGCUGUGAUUGCUCUGAGAUUUCAGUUGAGACUAAGACUUGGGCAGCUCACUGGUUCAUAAUAUAUUGGAAUAGUUGGAUCCAAACUAAUAAUCUCAAUAUAUAUUGUAUAAAUUUGUUGAAAUCUGUUGGAUGUGAAUGUGUUACUUUAAGUGGCUUAAUAUAAAGAUUUUCUCAGACUUGGGAGUUAAAGCAAAUUCAAAUGUGUAUUUUUUUGUUACAGAGCUCUGCUUUAUAAUUUUAUAAUAAAGUUUCAAUACAGA